UCUGUGUACCAUGAAGCAAACUUCUAGCCUCUUCUUGGGCUUCACAGCCCUUAUCUUCUGCCUUGGUGCCGCUGCUGCCUCGACUCCCGUGAGCAGAACUACUGUUCCUGUGAGUCUGAGUCAGGCGCUCAGCAUCGAUGUCGCCCAGGUCCCUGCCUGCGCUAGUCUUCCUGCCGAGUGCGAUGGCAACNCCCAGUGUAUCUGGAGGCACUCUGAGUUCAUGAACGAGAUUGCCUGCUGCGUCGCUUCCUCAUGCUCUUCUGGAGAUCUGCUCCUCACACAGCAGUUUUCAGGACAGCUUUGUGGAAUCGUCGGCGAGUCUCUGCCAUCUUCACCCACUUGUACCAGUACUGUCAAGCCUGUCGCAAACCCUGGCUGGGCCAUUGCAGGCUGUUACAGCGAGGCUACCAACUACAACCGUGCGUUGAACUCUACCUACUAUAUCGACACGAACAGUAUGACCCCUGCUGCAUGUCAAUCGUUCUGCAAGGCCCGUGGACUGAAAUUCGCUGGUGUUGAGUAUGGUNGCGGCAAUGCUAUCCAGAUCAUCAACGGCGCCAAGAAGCUGCCCAAUGACGCUCAAUGCAACAGGCCCUGCACUGGAGACAACACCAAGAUGUGCGGUGGAUCUAGCACCCUCAACAUUUACAAGUCUCCCUCCGCU